CUUAGCCUAUCAAAGAAUGAGCUGGGAAGCCCUGAAGAAAUCCAUCAAUGGUCUGAUCAACAAGGUGAACGUUUCAAACAUUGCCAACAUUAUCACUGAACUUCUUCAAGAAAACAUUGUGAGAGGCAGGGGAUUACUAGCAAGAUCAAUUUUGCAAGCCCAGAGCGCUUCCCCCAUCUUCACUCAUGUAUAUGCAGCAGUUGUAGCAAUUAUCAAUUCCAAAUUUCCAAAUAUUGGGGAACUGAUUCUCAAGAGACUCAUUUUAAAUUUUCGCAAAGGAUACAGAAGGAAUGAUAAGCAACAGUGCCUGACAGCUUCCAAGUUUGUUGCACAUCUUAUGAAUCAGAAUGUGGCUCACGAGGUUUUGUGCUUGGAAAUGCUUACGUUGCUCCUGGAAAGACCCACAGAUGACAGUAUUGAAGUCGCCAUUGGGUUUCUGAAGGACUGUGGCCUGAAGUUAACGGAAGUGUCGCCUAGAGGUAUUAACGCCAUCUUUGACCGCCUUCGCCACGUCCUUCAUGAAUCUGAGACUGACAAGCGCGUCCAAUACAUGAUUGAAGUCAUGUUUGCGGUGCGCAAAGAUGGAUUCAAAGAUCACCCAGUCAUUCAAGAAGGACUUGACCUUGUGGAGGAGGAGGAUCAGUUCACCCACAUGUUGCCUUUGGAAGACGAAUACAAUCCCGAUGACAUUCUCAAUGUCUUCAAAAUGGACCCUGAAUUUGUGGAAAACGAAGAGAAGUACAAAACUUUGAAAAAAGAAAUCCUGGAUGAAGGUGACAGUGACUCAGAAGCCGAUGAGGAUGCUGGUAGUAGUGAAGAAGAGGAUGAGGAUGAAGAAGAAAGAGGGGAGGAAGAGGAGGAUGAAGAUGAAAGAACUGUGCAACAUGAUUCUUGAUUGUUGUGCUCAGCAAAGAACAUACGAAAAAUUCUUUGGUUUACUAGCUGGGCGCUUCUGUAUGUUGAAAAAAGAAUACAUGGAGUCAUUUGAAGCAAUUUUCAAAGAGCAGUAUGAUACCAUACAUCGGUUGGAAACAAACAAGUUGAGGAACGUUGCCAAGAUGUUUGCUCAUCUUUUAUACACAGAUUCACUUCCAUGGAGUGUCCUUGAAUGCAUUUCUCUAAGUGAAGAAACGACAACAUCAUCCAGUAGGAUUUUUGUUAAAAUAUUCUUCCAGGAGCUUAGUGAAUAUAUGGGACUUCCUAAUCUUAAUGCGAGGUUGAAAGAUGAAACCCUGCUACCGUUCUUUGAAGGACUAUUACCACGAGAUAAUCCAAGAAAUACUAGAUUUGCAAUCAAUUUCUUCACUUCAAUUGGCCUUGGAGGACUGACCGACGAACUACGGGAACACCUGAAAAAUGCACCCAAAAUAAUAAUGACGCAGAAGCAAGAUGUGGAGUCAUCUGAUUCAUCUUCAGAAUCGGGGACAUCUGAUUCGGAGGAUGAUUCCAGCAGCAGUGAGACCUCAGGAUCCUCUAGUGGGAGUGAAUCCACUUCCGACAGUUCGGACAGCAGUGACUCAGAUCCCAGUAAAAAAAAAAAUAAGAAAAAGUCUCAAAAGAAGAAAAAUGCGGAUAAAGACACCCAAAGAAAACAAGGGAAUAAGAAGAAGAAACUUGAAAAGGAAAAGGAAUGGAGGUGGCCCGAGAGGGAAAAUGGUGCUGCAAGAAACUCAGAGAGGAAUGCUGACAAAAGCUCCAGUAGAAAAGACGAAGCAUUUUAUGAGAGAGAUUAUUCCAGUGAUAGAAAUAAAUCCCGGAGUGGAAAGGAGAGGGACCGAGAAAAACAUCUCCCUCUAGACAGUAAAACCAGCCAUUCUAAAAAAAGAAAAGAAGGAAGACCUUCUUUUUCUGAUGAAGAGAGGGAUGAAGAGAGGGAUGAAGAGAGGGACAGGUACCAUAAGAGGGACAGCAAGCUCCACAGAGAGAAGAAGGACAGAUCUAAGUCCAGAGAGAGGCCUCACCAUUAUCCCAGCCCCAGAGAGUUUGAGGAAAACAGCCAAUAUUCAAACCAGUUUAAAGAGAUAAGGAAAGACGAAAGCAGGAGAAGGCACAGAAAUGCUUCCCCAUCCAGGCACAAAUGAAUCAAGAAGAGUUUUCAAUACCGCCUUGCCAUUUGAACUGUCUUUUUACAACUUGCUACACAUUUUUUAAAGAGAAACCCUUUGUACAAAAAUACUUCCAGACAGUAAUGAUUCUUCGAAUCACUGUUAAUUGUUGGAGCUUUCCGCUAAACUGCUGCUUAAAAGACUUUGAAUCCAGGAGGAAUCAAAGCCCAGUAAAACAGUUAAACAUUGCUUUCACUGGCGUAAUGGUAUGCUGUAAAUAUUUAUUCUUUUAAAUUUUAUUUGUGUUUUCUGGAAAUGCUAAACAUUCCUUCCUUUUCAUUUUUGAAUUUUAGAUUUCAGCAUAUAUUAAAGUUUCAUUUCAGAAA